CCCCAUCCUCUUUCUCUGACACGCGCAGGUAGUGCUCUGUCCUCAACCUCGUACUCUCCUCACACUCUCUGGUGCUAUAAGACUAAAGCCAUGGAGGACUAUCACAAACCAGACCAGCAAACCGUGCAGGCGCUGAGGAACAUCGCCAACCGUCUGCGGAUCAACUCGAUCAAAGCCACGACUGCGGUGGGCAGCGGGCAUCCGACAUCGUGCUGCAGUGUGGCAGAGAUCAUGUCUGUUCUGUUCUUCCACACUAUGAAGUACAGGCCAGAUGACCCCAAAAACUCCAACAAUGACCGCUUCAUCCUGUCCAAGGGUCACGCUGCGCCUGUCCUCUUCUCUAUAUGGCUGGAGAUCGGCUAUCUGAAGGAGUCUGAGCUCAUGAGCAUGUGUCAGGUGGACUCCAUGCUGGAGGGACACCCCACACCUAAGCAGCAGUUUGUGGAUGUGGCCACAGGCUCUUUGGGGCAGGGCUUGGGUGUAGCCUGUGGAAUGGCCUAUACAGCAAAAUAUUUUGACAAGUCCAGUUAUCGUGUAUACUGCCUGCUGGGGGAUGGAGAGAUGUCUGAAGGUGCUGUAUGGGAGGCCAUGGCCUUUGCCUCAUACUACCAGCUGGAUAACCUGUUGGCCAUACUAGAUGUCAACCGCUUGGGCCAAAGUGAUCCAGCACCCCUGCAGCACCACGUGGAGAAGUACCAGAAACGCUGUGAAGCAUUUGGCUGGCAUGCUAUAAUUGUGGAUGGCCAUAGUGUGGAAGAGCUGUGUAAAGCCCUAAGCCAACCGCGCCACCAACCCAUUGCCAUCAUCGCCAAAACCAUCAAAGGAAAAGACAUUCCUGUGGCAGAAGAUAAGAUGGGAUGGCACGGCAAGGUUCUGUCCAAAGACAUAGCGGAGAGCGUUACGAGAGAGCUCCAGAGCCGCAUCCUCAGCUGCAGCAAGCGAAUGUACCCGGCUUCACCCAUCGAGGAUGCUCCACCCGUCAGCCUGCGCAAUGUUCGCAUGCCCAGCGCUCCCAACUACAAACCUGGAGAGAAGAUUGCCACCUGUAAGGCAUAUGGAAUGGCAGUAGCCAAACUGGGACGGUACAAUGAGCGACUGGUGGCAAUGGACGUCGACACCAAAAAUUUCACCUUCUCUGAAAUCUUUAAAAACGAACAUCCUAACCGCUUCAUCGAGUGCUACAGCGCAGAGCAGAACAUGGUCAGUGUUGCCACAGGCUGUGCCGCUCGUGAUCGAAACAUUGUGUUCGCCAGCUGCUUGGCAACCUUCUUCACCCGCGCAUACGACCAGCUCCGCAUGGCUGCCAUUUCUGAGAGCAAUAUAAACCUCUGUGGUUCUCACUGCGGCCUGUCAGCUGGAGAGUAUGGACCAGCUCACAUGGGCCUGGAAGACAUGGCUAUUUUUAGAGCCCUCCAGACUGCCACCAUCUUCUACCCGAGUGACGGUGUGUCUACUGAAAAGGCUGUGGAGCUCGCAGCCAACACAAAGGGGAUUUGCUAUAUUCGGACCAUUCGUCCGGAGACAUCAAUCAUUUACAACAGCAAUGAAGACUUCCAUGUUGGCCAGCUGAAGGUGGUUUACCAGAGCAAAGACGAUCAGGUGACAGUGAUCGCAACGGGACUGACCCUACAUGAAGCUCUGGCUGCUGCUGAGCAACUCAAGAAAGAGCGGAUCCACAUCAGAGUCAUCGAUCCAUUCACAGUCAAACCUCUGGAUGCCAAAACCAUCAUCGACCAUGUGCGUGCCACCAGGGGUCGUGUCAUCACGGUCGAAGAUCACUACUAUGAGGCAGAACCACUGCUCUACAGUAAAUGACUGGAUUGCGCCUAGAACGCUAAGCCAACGGCAGGAGCUGAAGCCACCGGAAGCGAUCGCGCCGCCAUCUUGGUAUGCCCAACUGACAGAGAGCACCAUUGAAAAUAACCCGUUUUUCAGCUUAUUACUAUGUUUUUAGUUCACACGUGUGUUUAAGUUAAUUGUUACUUCUGAUGUUUUUCCAAUGUUUAUGUUUAUUUUGGGCAGAAUUGCGAUGAAUAGAAAUCAAUGUAUAGACGGUGAGUGUGUUGUAAAGGCACAUGUGUAAAUGUUUAGAAAUAAAGCUUCAUGACUUAAAAUAUACAGCCUGUAUUCAUCUGUAUUUAGAUUUCAGAAUAAGCACAUUUGUCAUAAGUUGAGGUGUCUCGUUAGUACAUGUUAUUUACAUGCUUAAGACAUUUGCGUUGUAAGAAUGUACUGUGAGACUUUAGAUAUGAAAUCGGGGACUGGUAAGUUACUUUUUUAUCAUUAAUAUGUGAUAACUCCCUAUAGAGAAUGUGAAGCUGACGUCAAACCCUAUGUUGCUGUGGCGCCGCCAUCUUGGGAGGAAAAUACUCCACUGCUGAUAUGUACCGUUACUUGUUUUGUUUGAUAUAUGGAGAAAUCGAAAGUGAAAGAACCAUGGGCUUUUCCUGAACGACUCUAUGCAGUUUUUUAACACAGCAAAACCGACCUACCAUAGUUAUAUUUCCUAAUCAAACUAUAAAAACAAAACACUGCAUUGAACGCACUAGCAGCCAUCCUCCCAAGAUGGCGCAACAUUCAACGUGGCGUGACGUCGAUUAACAAGCUCUAUUAAUUGAAUAGAACGUUUGGGCAUACCAACAUGGCGGCGCGGUAGCUUCAGUGUAAUGACGUCAUGAGCAAUCCAGUCAGUGAGCAGGACUCACAGGUAGUUACUGUUUCUGAUUGUUAAAAAAAAGCAAAGGUCAGCCCCACAUUCUGUUUUACUAUAGACAGUCUAGUGUACUUUCCCUUGUUGCCUGUUUCAGCUAUUCUUGUCAGGUAUUAUUUUUUUGUUGUUGGUAUUCCAAAAAACCCAAACGAUUAAAGCACCUGUUCCGUAUUUCUACCAUCUGUUAUU